UUUCCAAUUUUCCACUAUUCUCAUCUCUCUCUACUCUCUACUCUAAUUUACAGCGCCGCCGCCUCAACCAGCUUUCUCAUCUCAGUUUUAUACUUAUGAAUCCCUAUUAAUAUCUCUUCAAAAAUAGGUUGGGGAUUUGGUAAUUUACAUAGAGUUGAAACAAGUAGGAGAGCAUAGGCGCAACAAAUAGAGGUCAUAAAACUGAUGAAUGAUUUGAAGCUUUUGAAUUGUCGAUUAGAAUAAAACAGAGGGUUCAUAUAUCUCAAGAUAUCCAGAUAUCCUGUGUUAACUUGACUACAAAUGGGGAGUGUUGAAGGGGGAAAGCUCAGGUUUUGCAUUGAUAGAGGGGGCACGUUUACUGAUGUCUAUGCUGAAUUUCCGGGUAGGUCUGAAGGCCGAGUGAUGAAAUUGCUGUCUGUUGAUCCUGCUAAUUACGAUGAUGCCCCGGUAGAAGGAAUUAGGAGGAUUUUGGAAGAAUUCACUGGAGAAAAGAUUCCCAGAAGUUCUAAAGUUCCCACUAACAAAAUUGAAUGGGUGAGGAUGGGAACAACUGUGGCAACAAAUGCUCUUUUAGAGAGAAAAGGCGAAAGAAUUGCUCUGUGUGUGACUCGAGGCUUCAGGGAUCUGCUGCGGAUUGGUAACCAGGCUCGACCAAAUAUCUUUGACCUAACUGUGUCAAAGCCAUCAAAUCUUUAUGAGGAGAUUGUGGAAAUUGAUGAGAGAGUCGAGCUUGUUAUUGAUGAGGCGAAUGUAUCAGAUUCUUCUGAUUCAAUAGUUCAAGGUGUUUCUGGGCAGCUUGUAAGGGUUGUGAAGCCACUUAACGAGGAGGCUUUAAGACCUUUGCUUAAAGGUCUACUGAAUAAAGGAAUCAGCUGCUUGGCCGUAGUAUUGAUGCAUUCUUACACUUAUCCUAAUCAUGAAACAUCAUUUGCGAAGUUGGCAAUGAGCAUGGGAUUCAAACAAGUGUCUUUGUCAUCGGCUUUGACGCCCAUGGUUCGAGCUGUUCCUCGAGGUUUCACAGCGUGUGUGGACGCGUACCUGACUCCCGUUAUUAAAGAAUAUUUGAGAGGAUUUAUAUCUAAGUUUGAUGAAGGAACAGGUGAAUUGAAUGUUCUCUUUAUGCAGUCAGAUGGUGGAUUGGCACCGGAGAGUAGGUUUUCAGGCCACAAGGCUGUUUUAUCAGGCCCAGCGGGAGGAGUAGUUGGGUACUCCCAGACACUUUUUGGGAUUGAGACGAACAAGCCUCUUAUUGGGUUUGACAUGGGUGGCACAUCUACUGAUGUGAGCCGUUAUGCUGGUAGCUAUGAACAUGUGAUAGAAACCCAAAUCUCUGGGGCAAUAAUUCAAGCACCUCAGCUUGAGAUCAACACUGUUGCUGCUGGAGGUGGGUCGAAGCUGAAGUUCCAAUUUGGAGCUUUCAAGGUUGGUCCAGAAUCAGUUGCUGCCCAUCCAGGACCUGUUUGUUACCGCAAGGGAGGGGAAUUGGCUGUUACUGAUGCAAAUCUCAUCCUGGGAUAUGUCAUUCCGGAUUAUUUCCCAUCUAUCUUUGGCCCCAGCGAGGAUCGGCCUUUAGAUGUCAAUGCAACUAAAACUGAAUUUGAAAAACUUGCAAAGCAAAUCAAUAUCUACAGAAGGAAUCAGGAUCCAGCAGCAAAGGAUAUGACGGUUGAGGAAAUUGCGCAGGGAUUUAUUAACGUUGCCAACGAAACAAUGUGCCGUCCUAUUCGACAAUUGACUGAGAUGAAGGGUCAUGAGACAAAAAACCAUGCUCUUGCUUGCUUCGGAGGGGCUGGACCCCAACAUGCCUGUGCUAUUGCUAGAUCAUUGGGUAUGAAAGAGGUACUUAUUCAUAGAUUCUGCGGGAUUUUAAGUGCAUAUGGGAUGGGAAUGGCAGAUGUUGUGGAGGAAGAACAGGGACCGUAUUCUGCUGUUUAUGGACCGGAAUCUGUGUUGGAGGCCUCAAAUCGAGAAGCAGCUCUAUUAAAUCGGGUCAAGCGGAAGCUCCAAUUACAAGGUUUUCAAGAGGAGAAUAUUAGAACUGAAACAUAUUUAAACCUGAGAUAUGAGGGAACAGACACUGCAAUUAUGGUAAGGAGACCUAUAGAUGAUGGUGGAUCUAAAGGAGAUUAUGCUUUUGAAUUUACAAGAUUAUUUCAGCAAGAGUAUGGAUUUAAACUUGAGAACAGGAAUAUCAUGAUAUGUGAUGUGAGAGUUCGUGGUAUUGGAGUCACUAACAUACUUAAGCCUCAAGCUCUACCGCCUGGUUCAGGAACCGCAAAAAGUGUAGCUCAAUACAAAGUUUAUUUUGGAAACGGUUGGCACAACACACCGUUAUUCAAGCUGGAAGAUUUGGCAUGUGGUUGUGUCAUAUCUGGUCCUGCCAUAAUUAUGAAUGGCAAUAGUACUGUAAUAGUAGAACCUAGUUGUAAGGCUGUUAUUACAAAAUACGGGAACAUCAAAAUCGAGAUUGAAUCGAUUCACAAAGUUGUGGAGGUAUCCAAAGAAGUGGCAGACGUUGUGCAACUCUCGAUAUUCAACCACAGAUUCAUGGGAAUUGCUGAACAGAUGGGGCGCACCUUACAGAGGACUUCAAUAUCGACCAAUAUUAAAGAAAGACUGGAUUUCUCAUGUGCUCUUUUUGGUCCUGAUGCAGGGCUAGUUGCAAAUGCUCCGCAUGUUCCUGUGCAUUUGGGAGCUAUGUCGAGCACAGUAAAAUGGCAGAUGAAAUAUUGGGGUGAAGAAGGGAUCAGCCAGCUUCUCCUAUUUCCAUCUACUGAACAAUCGGGUCAUAAAAUACCCGGGACUCGCAGGCUUCAGGAUAACUUAUCCGAUCUCCAUGCACAAAUUGCUGCAAACCAAAGAGGAAUUUCACUUAUAAAGGAGCUUAUCGAGCAAUAUGGUUUGGAAACUGUGCAGUCUUACAUGAACCAUGUCCAAGUUAAUGCAGAAGGCGCGGUUAGAGAGAUGCUCAAGUCUGUUGCCGCUAAAGUCUCUGACUCGGCUAAAGUCGAAGGAGAUUCUUUGAUCAUCGAAGAGGAAGAUUCCAUGGAUGAUGGCUCUGUUAUACAUUUGAAACUCACUAUUGAUCAAAAGAGAGGAGAAGCAUUUUUCGAUUUCUCAGGGACAAGCCCAGAGGUAUACGGGAACUGGAAUGCCCCGGAGGCGGUUACAGCUGCUGCUGUGAUUUACUGUCUACGCUGUUUGGUGGAUGUCGACAUCCCUCUUAAUCAGGGGUGCUUGGCCCCAGUAAAAAUAUACAUCCCUCCCGGUUCUUUUCUUUCCCCGAGUGAUAAGGCUGCAGUGGUUGGUGGUAAUGUUCUAACAUCUCAAAGAAUAACGGACGUUGUUCUAACAGCUUUCCAGGCUUGUGCUUGCUCGCAGGGUUGCAUGAACAAUCUCACCUUUGGGGACGACACCUUUGGCUACUACGAGACAAUCGGGGGUGGAUGUGGCGCUGGGCCUGGCUGGGACGGUACUAGUGGUGUUCAAUGCCACAUGACUAACACUCGUAUGACUGAUCCUGAGAUUUUUGAGCAGAGAUAUCCGGUUCUGCUGCACAGGUUCGGGUUGAGGGAGAACAGUGGAGGUGCCGGGAUACAUAGAGGAGGCGAUGGGAUUGUUAGGGAGAUAGAAUUCAGACGGCCUGUUGUAGUGAGCAUUCUUUCUGAGAGACGAGUGCAUGCCCCGAGGGGACUCAAGGGGGGGAAAGAUGGGGCUCGGGGAGCCAACUACCUCGUUACAAAAGACAAAUGCAAGGUAUACCUUGGAGGGAAGAACACAGUGGAGGUGCAGGCUGGGGAAAUUCUUCAGAUUUUAACUCCAGGAGGUGGGGGUUGGGGUGGUUCAAACUGAGGGAAUUACCAUGCAAGGUAUGGUGUUCGGAAAUGUGGCCUUUGCUAUUUUUAUUUUUCUUUUGUAUAAUUUGUUACACCAAGUGCUCGGUAUAAAACUUUGGAAUAAUAAUGUACGUCAUGUAUCUUAGCUAUGGAAUGUUUUCUAUUCGAAUAAAGUUGAAUGCUUUGCAUCAA